AUGCCCCGUCGAAAAUUGAGAGAUUUCUUCCGAAAAAAGCCCUCGGAAGAAGGCCAGGCACAGACAAAUUUACCGCUAAGAAAUACAAAUCAAGUUGUGGAUGAUUCGACCCAAAAUCCAUCUGAGCCUGUUCAAAAACAGGAUCUGUGGCAACGCGCUUAUGAUGACCUCGAGCCUAAAGAGAAGGAGCUUCUCCAGCGUAUAUCGAUACCAAAAUCUGACGAGUUCCCCGAGCCGAUUGACGCGAAUGUCGACCCCAGUGUCGUGGACCGCUUGAAGGCAUUGAAUGGGGUGGUCGAAACAGUGAAGAUACAAUAUGAAAUCGACAAAGAGAAAUCCAAGAUCAAGGAACCGAUUCACAAGAUUCUUCAGGCCACUCUCAGCUUUCAGGACAUUAUCAAGGCAUUUGCGGCGUUUGAUCCGACAGGACAUGCACCCAGCGUUUGGGCAGUUGUCUCGUUGGGGCUGACGAUGACCCAAAACUAUCGCAGUCAAAAAGAGGCUUGGCUAGAGUCCUGUGUAUAUCUCACAGAUAUCCUCGCUCGGUAUGGCUUUAUCGAGGCAGAGUAUCACAAGGACCCGAAAACCGAUCACCAUGUUGAGACAGCUCUUGUACAGGUCUAUGUGGCAGUCUUGCGUUUCGCUGCCAAAGUCCAAUCCCGUGUUGACGGCAACCGUGUUGUUUUGUUCGGGAAGAGCAUUCUUGGAAAUGCCCUUGCCGAUCUUGAAGAGUGUAUUGACAAGGCUGAGUCGCAACUAGGUCAAUGGCUUGAGAUAGUUGACCGGCAGGAGCAGAGAGGAAGGGGAGAAGAUCUGGUGAAAAAGGUGGACACAAUACUGAAUGAAUUCGAGAGGGUCAUGGGCUCACUUGAUGAGCUGCAUGGUAAAUUUGACCUUUCGGGGCUCAAAACUGCACAGGAAGCCCGUUACAACGCAUAUACUGGAGAGGAGUAUCAAGAAUGCCUACCAGAGACUCGGGUAGAGCUCCUCAAGGAAAUCAAGCUCUGGGCUACCGAUCCAGAUCAGAAGGCUACCUUCUGGCUACAGGGCAUGGCUGGAACAGGGAAGUCAACUGUAUCACGGACAGUGGCUCGGUGGCUGGAUAAAGAGGGGUUGCUAGGUGGCAGUUUCUUUUUCAAGAAGAACGGAACAGACCGGGACAAUGCCAAACGACUCUUCACCACCCUCACCAAACAGAUGUUGGAAAGGCUCCCUCACCUUCGUGAGCCAGUUCAGAAGGCGAUCAAGGAGACUCCCGCUAUUGUUGAAGGAAUGCGUCUGCAGGAACAGUUCAACGAGCUCCUCUUCAAGCCACUGCAAAGACUCAAUCUUGGAUUGACAUCCCCAUUGGUCUUGGUCGUUGUCAUCGACGCCUUGGAUGAGUGUCAAGUGCCAGAAGAUAUCAAGGCUUUCCUUUCAACCUUGCCUCAGUUGAAUCAGCUGAAGAGGAUUCAACUGAGAGUUUUCAUCACCAGCAGGCCAGAAAUACCGGUCAUCAGAGGGCUUCGCUCUGUCAAUUAUGAAGAGAUCAUCCUUCAUGAAAUUGAGGAAUCGAUUAUCAAGCACGACAUUGCGGCUUUCUUUCACGAAAAACUGAAGAGUAUCAGGGAUUCUUACGGACUAGAAAAAUUCUGGCCCGGAGAAGAGGCUCUUCUAGCUCUGGUCAACAUGGCUACUCCUCUGUUCAUUUAUGCUGCGACCAUAUGCCGAUUUGUGGAUUCUGAAUUGCCAAGAAGACGACUCCGUGCAGUGUUGUCCACGCCGUCAAGCGGAGGAGCCAGCGGGAUAGAUCAGGAAUACGCAAUGUUAGCUGGCCUUUACUCAUCGGUCUUGAAGGACAUCGUGUCUGGAAAACAGCCGAAGGAACUGAAAGAGUUUAUGGACGAUUUUCAGCAAAUCGUCGGUGCGAUCGUUCUUCUCUUCAGCCCUCUUUCCUCAGCCGCUCUGAGCGAGCUCAUCCAGUUGGACAAAGAGACCACACAAGGCAGACUAAGCACCCUUCGCUCAGUGCUAUCCGUACCAAGAGAUGGAGAUGAGACUACCCCGAUACAGCUUUUACAUCUCUCAUUUCGAGAAUUCCUGGUUUCCCAACCAGCGUCCGCUGACUUUUGGAUUGACGAAAAGACAAUUCAUACAAAGCUUACCGUGGAUUGCCUUGGGUGUAUGAAUCGAGGAUUGAAGCGAGACAUCUGUCUUCUCCUGGCCCCGGGUGCGAGGAAUCACGAGGUUGAAAAAACCACCAUUGACAAGAACGUUUCACUAGGCCUUCAAUAUGCAUGUCGAUACUGGAUACGUCAUCUAAGUAACAGUGAUGAGUCGGCAAUAGACUGGGCAGUGGUAGAGGAUUUCUUCAAACUGCAUCUUCUGCACUGGUUAGAAGUGCUGAGUCUUCUUGGAUGGAUGUCUGAAGCGAUUGAAAAUAUUUACACUCUACAGUCCCUAGUGAAGGAAAAAUCAUCGCCGCUAGCCGCCUUCCUUGAGGAUGCACGGCGAUUUGUCCUCAAAAAUCAACAACUAGCCGACGAGGUACCUCUUCAGAUCUAUUAUAGUGGUCUUGUGUUUGCACCACAAAGAUCGAUGAUUCGGAAAACAUUCGAUGCAGAGUUCCCGACUUGGUUUUCACAGUCACCAAGGGUCGAGGAAGACUGGAGUGCAGAAUUACAAGUUCUCGAGGGUCAUUCAAGCGGGGUUACCUCAGUCGCCAUCUCGUCCGAUAAUCGGAUCCUGGCGUCUGGUUCUACGGAUCAAACUGUGCGGCUCUGGGACACGAUAACUGGUGAUCUGAAACAAAUCUUGGAAGGCCAUUCACACGGGGUCAACUUAGUCGCCUUCUCCCCCAACGGCCAACUGCUGGCAUCCGCCUCUAACGAUGGCACAGUGCGCCUCUGGGAGCCUGAAAUGGGUGCCGCACGGUUGAUUCUUCAGUGCCAUGCCAAUACCAUGUCAGUGGCCUUCUCGCCUGAUGGCCAGUUACUGGCGUCUGGCUCUGAUGAUGGGACUGUGCGGCUAUGGGAUCCAGUGGCAGGUAGCCUGCAGCAUACUUUUCAUGGCUCUUCAUUCCAGAAAGUGUACUCAAUCGCCUUCUCAUCGGAUGGAAAACUGCUAGCGUCUGCGUCUCUCAGCGAUGAUUUGGAUGCCUCAGAGAACCAAAACCUGAAAAUAUGGGAGUUACGGACAGGUAACUUAAGACACGCUUUUGGGGGCAAUGAAGAAAUGUUUGUUUCGGUUGCUUUCUCGCCUGACAACCGAAUCUUAGCUGCAAGUAGGUUAGACGGUGUCUUACAGAUUAUCGAUCUAGAGACAGGCAACCUACUGCAUACACUAGAAGGAAAUCUGGAUGGAUCACUUGCCUUCUCACCUGAUGGCCGGCUUCUCGCUUGCGCUGGCUUGGUCACAAAUCUCUGGCAUCUAGAGACAGGUAAGCUACAGCGGACAAUAAAAGGCAAUCGUGAAUGCAUUGCUUUUUCGCCCAACAGCCGGCUCUUGGCCUCUGGAUCCUCCGUCGGAAAAGUGCGGCUCUGGGACCCGUGGAUGGGUGACAUGCAGCAGACUUCUGAUGAAAUUCUGGGCCAGGAGGCCAUUCAAAGGAGAUUUGCUCAAUCGCCUUCUCUCCCGACGGUCUAA